GCUCUCCAUUGAAGAGAGUGGCAAAUAGUUAAAAGAAAAUCUCCCGUCCCGUCUCCUCAGCUCCUUGCGCCAUCUCGCUGCUGAACAGGGAGGGACGCUGAUCUCCAUCUGGCGAGCAGAGGAGGGGAGUGGAGGGGAUCCUGUUGGGAGAUGGCUGGGUUUAUGUCAAGAGGCCCCCCAAAUGGUUCUGUUUAUGUAUGCAAUCUGCCUCCUGGAACCGAUGAGACCAUGCUGGCUGAAUAUUUUGGCACCAUAGGGUUGCUAAAGGUAUGGGGUCUUCCCAGAAGGACAAAAGGACUGGGCGUCCAAAAAUCUGGAUAUAUAGGGACAAAGUUACCAAUGAACCAAAGGGUGAUGCGACAGUCACCUAUGAAGAUCCGCAUGCUGCUUCAGCUGCAGUAGAAUGGUUCAAUAACAAAGAUUUCCAUGGAAGCACCAUUCAGGUUCAUAUAGCUGAGUCAAAAAACAAAGACAUGAAUGAUAGCUCUGCAACUGCAAGUUUGAACAACUCUGCUGAACUUGGUGGACAAGAUGAAUUAGAUAACGGGGAAGGCAGAGGGAGAGGGCGCGGUGAUGGUCCAGGAAAAGCCUGGCAGCAAGAUGGGGAUUGGCUGUGCCCAAAUACAAGUUGUGGCAAUGUAAACUUUGCCUUUCGUGGUGUCUGUAAUCUCUGUGGAGCUGCUCGCCCUGCUGGUGUUAGUGGAUCAAGUGCUGGUGGUGGUGGUAGGGGUAGAGGCCGUGGAAGUGAUGAUGCAAGAGGAGGCAGCCGUGCUGCUGCUGCUGCUGCUGUUGGUGGUCCUCCUGGACUGUUUGGUCCAAAUGAUUGGCCUUGCCCAAUGUGUGGCAACAUAAAUUGGGCAAAGCGGAUGAAAUGUAAUAUCUGUAACACCACCAAGCCAGGUCACAAUGAAGGUGGUGUUAGAGGUGGCCGGGGUGGUGGGUAUAAAGAACUUGAUGAAGAAGAACUAGAGGAAGUUAAAAGGCGCCGCAAAGAGGCUGAAGAGGAUGACGGAGAGAUGUAUGAUGAAUUUGGCAACCUCAAAAAGAAAUUUCGUGCUAAAACACAACAAACUGAAAAUGCACCAACUCUUCCUGGGUCUGGACGUGCUGGAUGGGAGGUCGAGCAACGUGGCUCCACUGGAAGAGAAGGCAAGGAAAGGAGCAGAGAUCAGGGCAGAGACCAUGACUACGAUGAACGGGAUAGCAGGAACAGAGAUAGAGGCAGUCAUGGAAGGGAGCGGCGCCGAAGUAGAGACCGUGAGAAGGAAAGGGGGAGGGACACGGGCAGAGAUCACAGCUAUGAGAGGAGCUGGGAGCGAGGAACCGAGCGUGACCAUGAUCGCUAUAGAUGAAUACGAUGGCAGAUUUUCGCAUGUUGCAUGCCGAUUUUGGUUUUAUGAUACUUCCGUUUUGCUGCUGGAUAGCUAUGCUGCUUCAGCUAGUGCUGUCAGAUGGGUUUGCACAUUAUUUGUCUUGGCCUGAUGGCAGUUUAUAUCUUUGAAUGUUUGGAUGCACUGGACCACUAAACUUUGAUUAAAUGUGCUAUGUACUUUGGGAGUGUUUUCAUGUGAUAUUUUCUGUGAA